CAUAGUAAAGACACACUCUCAAGCAACGGUAGUGACGCUAUGUCGACGUCAAGUGGAGACGUCACUCCACAGUAUCAGUCAAGACUGAGUUUGGCCCACGAGGCUGCACGCUCUCUUGGUGGUCACGUGGUAGCUUAUCAUUUCUGUCAAGCGGACAACAAUGUCACGUGCUUGGUGCCAGAGUUUGUACAUAACAUAGCUGCCCAGCUAUGUCAGUCUCCACAGUUUUUGGGCUACAGAGAGUUACUUUACAAAGAUCAAAGGUUUCAGGAGAUACUGGCUAUGCCAUCUUGUAUAUCAGACCCUAGUUUAGCUUUCGUUAAAGGAGUUCUCGAGCCGCUGCAUUCCCUCAGAAGACUAGGUAGAGCUCCGAAUAUCGUGUGUGUCGUGUUAGUUGACGGAUUGAAUGAAGCAGAAUACCACAGACCUGAUUAUGGAGACACUCUGGCUUGCUUUCUUUCAAGACACAUACUAAGAUUUCCACCUUGGCUAAAAGUUAUAGUGACUGUGCGAACAGCUUUCCAAGAAAUCACCAAACUGUUGCCUUUUCAUCAAAUCUCUCUAGAUAGAAUAACAUCUAUUGAAAGUUUGAACCAAGACUUAAUUGACUACAUAACUUUUCGGAUCAGCUCAAACUCCUCAAUUCGUUCCAAUAUUGCUUUGGCAAACUCCAAAUCUGAAGGAUCUUCAUACAUGAGGUUUGCCAACCAUCUUGCCUCACUCAGCAAAGGCUGCAUGCUGUAUCUCAAACUGACUUUAGAUCUCAUUGAAAAGGGCCACCUGGUGAUGAAAAGUAGCAGCUAUAAAGUCCUUCCUGUCAGCCUUAGUGAGGUUUACUUACUUAGUUUUAAUCUGAAGUUCACAACCAUUCGAUCUUUGGAGAGGGUCAGCAGUCUACUCCAGAGCUGUCUAGCCUCCAUCUGUCCUCCAACCCCAUUGGAGCUCUACCACACAGUGAAUGCAGGAGUUGUGUGUCAGCCCCUCACCUGGGGAGAGUUUCUCCAGAGACUCAGUUUACUCACCUCCAGCAACUUCCUAGUGGUGAGACAGGACAAAACUCUAAUGUUUGCUCACCCAUCUCUCAGGGAGUGGCUAAUUCGAAGAGAGGAAAACACAGGAACAAAAUUCAUCUGUGAUGUGAGACAGGGACAUGCCCUACUAAGUUUUCGAUUGAGUCGAUUGGAAGCUCCCCUUGAUCCCCGUCAGUGUUUGGAGCUUGGCCACCACAUCUUAAAAGCUCACAUAUAUAAGGCUGUAGGAAGAGAUCUUUCUUUGGAGGUUCUUUCUCGUGACCUUCAGGCUCACUGGGUUCAACAGUGCACUAUCGAUGUUUCAAGGGCUCUGGGUUUUGUACGAAAUCUGUAUAGUCCUAACGUCAAGGUCAGUCGCUUGUUGCUGCUUGCCGGAGCAAAUCCUGACUACAGAACUUCUCAGCUGAAUAAUGCUCCUCUUCUUGUUAUCGCUGCUCACCAGGGGUAUCCAGACAUGGUAUCAUUGCUCUUGGAGUUUGGAGCUGACCCAAAUGCUACAGCUUCAGAUGGUCUGAGUCCUCUGUGCACAGCCAGCAAACAAGGCUAUUUAGAGAUUGUCUGUCUUUUGCUGAACAAAGGUGCUAAAAUAAACCAGCCUGACAAAACUGGAAGGUGUUCUUUGGUUUAUGCUUCCAUGAAUGGUCACUUAGAAGUCGUCAGCAACCUCUUACAGUCUGAAUGGACAGGAGAGCCAGGACUUGGAAAAGUGGGCCAGCAAGCAGUAGUUGCAGCCUCACAAAAUGGCUUUAUGUCUGUGUGUGAAUUUUUACUGGACAUGAGUGAAGUGAGAGUGAACACUCAAGACGACCUCAUGGGUCAAACACCCCUUACCACAGCCUGCUUUGCAGGACAUAUUGAAGUCUGUGAUAUGUUAUUGAGGCGUGGUGCUUCUCUCUCUCUUCCUAACUGCCAGGGGGAGCCACCAUUAAUUUGUGCUGUGGUUGCAGGCUACUGGGAGGUGGUUGAGUUCUUACUGAGUCACAAGGCUGAGUUGGAACAAACUGACAGCAAAGGUCGUACUGCCUUGAUGGUGGCAGCAAAAGAAGGACACCUAGGAAUUCUGGAACUACUACUCUCUAAAGUGUUGUUAGGACCUCAAACGUGGGCUAUGGCAGAAGGAAAAGCACAAGUUUUACAUCUGUUACUGAAGAAACUAUUGGAUGAUGGAAUGACUUUAUACAAGAGGGGGCGGUUGAAGGAAGCAGCUCAUCGCUACCAGUACGGACUGAAGAAGUUUCCGGUAGAUGGUGCUACAGGAGAUUAUCAGAACGUCUUUCAGCAACUUAUGUUCCAGAUUUUAAUUUCACUGUCACGAUGCAAGCGGAAGAUGCAUGAUUUUGUCACGGCUAUUGAGGCAGCAGAAAGAGCAGUGGAAAUUAGACCUAAAGCAUUUGAAGGUUAUUAUAGUAAAGCUCGUGCUAGACAAGAAUCUGGGUGA